CAGAGGUUAAUUAUUCUGCUUUAUUUUUUCCAGCAAGAGGUUGAAGUUAUGAAAGUAAAGCAGGGAGUUGGAAAAAAUUCAAUUGGGCUGCAAAGUGUCAAAAGCACAAGCAGGUAUGUUAUCCAGGAUAAAUCUGUCAGAAAAAGGGAUGAUGAUGAUGCUGAUAAGAAUUUAGCCCGCAAGAUAAUGCAGAACAAACAAUAUAGUGUGUCUGGUCAGGCAGAUGAUGAAUAUGAUUAUGAAGAUGGUCCAAGUAGAAUGUCUAGGAAGAAGGGUGGAGGUCAGGGCCACCGUGAUGCUGAAAAAGAUAUUCGUCCAAAGCGUAUUUUGACUCAGCAGGAGCGCUGUCAAUUUUGUUUUGAGAAUCCAAACAGGCCUAAACAUCUUGUUGUGUCAAUUGCAAAUUUCACGUACUUGAUGCUGCCACAAUGGGAGCCUGUUGUGGCAGGUCAUUGUUGCAUCUUACCAAUGCAGCAUGAGGCAGCCACCAGAACUAUUGAUGAUAACAUUUGGGAUGAAAUCCGAAAUUUCAAGAAAUGCCUUAUUAUGAUGUUUGCUAAACAAGAGAAGGAGGUGGUCUUUCUAGAAACAGUGAUGGGAUUGGCACAGCAACGUCGUCAUUGCUUAAUUGAAUGUAUUCCUUUGCCCCAGGAAAUUGCAAAGGAGGCACCUCUAUAUUUUAAAAAGGCAAUUGAUGAAGCUGAAGAUGAGUGGAGCCAGCAUAAUGCAAAGAAGCUUAUUGAUACAAGUCAAAGGGGUUUGCGGCGUUCAAUUCCCAAAGAUUUUCCAUAUUUCCAUGUUGAGUUUGGUCUAAACAGGGGAUUUGUUCAUGUAAUUGAUGACGAGAAGCAGUUCAAAAGCAGCUUUGGUCUCAAUGUUAUUAGAGGCAUGCUAGGCAUACGAGAGGAGGACAUGUACCGACGUCGGAGGUAUGAAUCUAUGGAGUUACAGAAACAAGCAGUUUCCACUUUUGCUCGUGACUGGGAAGCCUUUGAUUGGACAAAGCAACUCGACUAAGGAUUCGUUCUCAUUAUGCACUGUCAUCAUACUGAAACAGACUUAUCUUUUCUGAUUUCAUCUUUUUUUUUUUCUAUUUUUUUUCCUCCUUGAAUUCUGGAAGUUCUUUGUAUCAAAAUACAAAGUGUCAAUGGGUAAGUUAGCUGUUGAUUAGGUAACUUCUUUUUAUGUGUGCUAGUCCCUUCACCCAGGGCUAACAUGAGGUUGCCUUUGGUUGAGAAUGUAAUAAUUCCUUCCCAUGCUGGUUAUUCAAGAGCUUCAAGAAUCUUGACUAGUAGCGAUUUUGAAUUGUAAAUAUCAUGAGAUUAUAGUUGUGUUAUUCCCCUAUUUAAAUUGAGUUCUAACUUUGUUGUUUU